CGAAUGCCAAAGGCAUCUUGUAAAAAAUGCAAGACUCUGAUGCCACUUCAGACACUGGCUUUGCAUGUUGACCAGUGUGACGGCAUGCAAAACUCAGAAAACUCUGAAAUUGAGGAAGAAGAUUUGGUGUUUAUAGAGGAGGCAACAUCAUCUAAUGUUAUACACCACCUUCAGGAGGAAUUUGAGACCCGGUGCCCAAUAUGCUUAGGAACCUUUCCAGUUUCUGACUUAGAAUUGCAUGCCAGCUUUUGUGGAGAAAGUGAGGAGGAUGUGAUUCGUCAUGCAGCAGCACAGAUAAAUACCACAAAGACCUUUGAAAUCUGUGUGUCACGAGACAACAUGGUUGAGAGAGGUCUGAAGCUGUGGAAACGUCAAAAAAUGGGAAGCCCAGUCAAUCCCUUGAAAAUCAUCUUCCUGGGAGAGCCAGGAGUUGACACAGGGGCACUGAGGAAAGAAUUUCUGUCCACAAUGGUUGCUGGCAUUGAAAAACGUCUCUUUGAAGGUGAUGCGAAGAAAGGAAAAACACCGAAGUACUCCCUCAAUGAUCUGGACAAUGAGCUGUUCAAAGUUGCAGGUGAAAUAUUUGCUGUGAGCAUUGCGGAAGGAGGACCGCCACCACGGUUUAUGCAAGAGUGGUGUUACGAAUACCUUGUUACCGGUAACAUCAAAAGGGAUGGUGUACAUGACACAGAGAUAUCACCACUAAUCAAAAUGAUUGAAGAUGCAUCUGACCUGUCAAACUUCACAAAAGAAAUCCUGGAUUGUGGCUACACUGGACCGAUCAACACUGACCACAAGGAAAGCAUAUUGAGAGCUCUUGCUCUACAUAUUACUACAAAACGCAUCCCAAUGCUGCAACAACUGCGUGUGGGCCUUGAGAGAUACGAUCUAAUCAAAGUCAUGCAGAAAAAGCCACAGGAGUGUCAUGAUCUCUUUGUCAUAGGAUAUGAUGACAAAGUUGACUCCCAUUACAUUUUAUAUCCCACCUGGCCCCAGAGAUGAGCCCAAUGGGUUCGAUUAAACAAGUGAAAGAGUCAAAAAUCAUGGAAUUCUUUCAAGAUUUCCUACUUGAACUUGAAGACACACAACCAGAAGACGCAGCAGCAGGAGAAAACUUGUCUGUGCCAAAGAUAAUGCAGUGGAUGACUGGGCAAGCUCACACGCAUCUGCUUGUGUCAGAAAGGGAGAAGUUUAAUAUAGUGUUUAAAUUUGACCAUUGCUGUCUACAGCACAUGCCAAACCACACUGUGUGUUACCCAAUUGUCAGUGCUUGCACCAAUACCAUAACAUUUCCUGUUGUUCAUAUGGUAGAUUACGAGUCUUUCAAAACACUCAUGCAAACUGCUGUUACAUAUGGGGCAAGCUUUGACAGAGUGUAAUGUAUAUCAAAGCAUUCUCUUUAAUUGCGUUAUUCUUUGUAAAAUUUUUAAAGGGGUAGUUCAUCCAAAGAUGUAAAUUCUGUCAUUGAUUACUCAACUUCAUGUUUUUUCAAACCUGCAAGACUUAGUUCAUCUUCGGAACACAAAUGAAUGUGUUUUUAUUGAAAUCUGAGAGAUUUCUUUCCCUCCAUUGACAGCUACACAACUACCACUUUUAACGCUUCAAAAAGUUAAUAAAGAGAUAAAAACUAAUCCAUAUGAAUUUGGAG